GUGUUCGUAUAUGUUGUCCGAAAAAUGAACAAUCCAGUGUCCAAACUCCUGAUGAUCAAAUGAGCCUUCACAUAUCUUCAAAUUGAUCAUGACCCUUUAAUUUCUUUGUUCUCUUUAUCAUCUUCCGCUCAUCAAAAUUGAAGCUUGUCAAAAAAAAAGUGGAAAAAAUUCGAAGCUUUAUGGAUCUAAUUCAGACCAUUUCUUGAAUUCAUCUAAUAGCUGUUUGUUUAAUGGAAACAAAUAAACAAGCAAUCAUUCCUGGAUUGCCUGACGAUUUAGCUCUGAGAUGUUUGGCAAAAUUGUCCCAUGGUUAUCACGGGAUUCUAGAGACUGUCUCUAAAGGAUGGAGAGAUGUGUUACGCUCCUCAGAUUAUUCCAACUACAAAGCUAGAGAGGGAUGGUCUGGAGACUGGUUGUUUGUUCUGACUGAAGGUUCUAAGAAUCAGUGGGUUGCUUACGAUCCUGAGGCUGAUAAAUGGCAUUCUCUUCCCAAUAUAUCUGGAAACAGCUCUACUGGUCAACAUUACGGAUUUUCAUGUGUUACAGUCUGUAAUAAAUUUCUGGUGAUUGGGGGUUCCUAUGCACCACGUGAUCCAAUAUUUCCAAAUCAGAAGCCUUUCAUAACUAGUGAUGUUGUGCAGUAUGAUCCGUUUACUAAACGCUGGACUAGAGCAGCAAGUAUGCGAACUCCGCGGUCACACUUUGCUUGUUCUGUGGUCUGUGGCAAGGUUUAUGUUGCUGGGGGGCGCACCUCACAAUGUGCCAGAGGGCUUGCUGAUGUAGAAGUUUAUGAUCUCGCGACAGAUAAGUGGGAAGAUUUGCCACCAAUGCCCGGCCCGCUGAUGGAUUGCUUAGGAUUGUCUUACCAAGGCAAAUUUUACGUUUUAAGUGACCAGGUAGGGUUGCCCGAGCAGAAGACUUCUGAUGUCUUUGAUCCAUCUGAAAGAACAUGGUACACCGUCGAUGAUGUCUGGCCUUUCUCAAGGGCAAUGCACUUCGCUGUCCAAGUAAUGACCGAUGACCUUGUAUACACAGUCGUAGAUUGGGGCGAGAGCUGUAUCAAGAGCAGAGACACUGAAAAAGGAGAAUGGCGCCAUGUAGGUUCAGUUCCUCCUGUAAAUCUCCCUGAUCACCCUCGACCACUGGAAACCUUUGGCUAUGGUUUUGCAGCGUUAAGAAAGCAGUUAUAUGUACUUGGUGGCAGAGUGUUGAGGUGGGAAGAAUCGGGGGUGGGGAGAUUUGACAUUGUUAAAUUGAGUUCAGUUCGGUUUUGUGACCCUCUGGUUAGGCCAUUGAACUGGAGGGAAACUAGACCAAUGUGUGUUCCCGCUUUUGGUUCUAUCUUAGGGUGCGCAACCAUGGAAGAGAAGACGGCUUCUUAGUGCUGCAAGUUCUUGUUUACAUCUCGUUGUCAGCUUAAGUGUUGUUUAAUCUUCAUUAAAGUCUUGCGUUGAACCAUAAUGUGACUUCUAAACAAGAUGUGUAAUUUAUGGUCAACAUGUAAAUCAGUGGUACCAGAUAAUGUGAUGUUUUCAUAUGAAGAAAUAAAUCCUCUCUUGUAAGAUGAUCUCUGGGAGGCAUUUUCUUGUUGCGAUAA